CAUGGGUGAAGAACAUGCGGAAGACGACGACGACGACGAGCAAGGUACGGACGCUGCAACGGUCACAUCGGAUCAGCCUAUCUAAACAUCAUGGCCAAACAAGUUCUACGCCUGGAACCUGAAAGUGAACUGCACUUCAAGGGGCCCUUCAGCGAUGUGGUAACAUCUCACCUGAAGCUAUCUAACCCAACAGAACGGCGCAUUUGUUUCAAGGUGAAAACCACAGCUCCGAAGCGAUAUUGUGUGCGGCCCAACAGUGGCAUCCUAGAGCCUAAACAGGACAUCGAGGUCGCUGUCAUGUUGCAGCCCUUUGAGUAUGACCCGACUGAAAAGAACAAGCACAAGUUCAUGGUGCAGACAGUUUGCCCCGACGAAGACUUCAAUCAAGAAACUGUGUGGAGGGACGCGAGUCCCGAAAGCCUGAUGGAUUCAAAGCUUCGAUGUGUCUUUGAACUACCCUCCACGCACGAUGCCCUGUUGUCACCGAAAAAGACGGUGGAAAGACCGAUUAGCAUGGAAGCAAGCCCAUUGCAUGACGAGACAGACAAGAGCUACGCGACACCGCUGAAGACUUUACCUCAACCCAUACCCAGAUCCCCCGGUACUGGCAGCGUAGAUGUGGAACUGAAGAAGGCGAAGGAAGAAAGCAUGCGGUUGUUGGAGGAACUGAGCAGCUUGCGUGUGGAAAACAACCAUCUCAGGGAGGAAGGGCUCAGGCUACGCAUGCUGCAACACCAGCCCGUUUCCGAUUUAAUGGCGGAUGAAAAGAAGUGUGGGGAGGAGAACGUUCGCCGUGGCAGCGUGAUGCAGUUCCAGUGCGCUAAGGGAGGUAGCAAUGGUGCGGGCAGCACCAUGAUGCUUCCUGUCGUUGCUCUGAUGAUGUUCUUCGUAGGUGUGCUCGUCAGCAAGUUCUUCUUCUGAUGCGACGCGUAUUUUCCUGAAAGGAAUGAGGCGGUCUGUCUAGUGUCUUCUUUUUGUCUUUCCAUCGAUUAUUGGAGUACGAAAAAAAAAAAAGAAAACUUGCUCGAAGUGCUUCAAUGGCGCUAUAGCCACAUUUGAAAAGCGUUAAAAAAAUUCGCGCAUUAAGUAGUAUAGACGUCACAGAGUGUUACGAACGGUUUUUACAUGCUUUACACUUCCUGUAUUGGCGGAAAAUAAAACGACGAAUUUACCUUG